ACGUCAUCAGUCGGCGCCGGAAAAACUUCCCGCUUUCGCGGCGGAUCUCGGGAUGCCUUUUGGAUAGAGUUGACGUACGUGAUAGGCUUGUGUCUGUAACCGGUGUCCCCCACCGCGGAUGGCAAGGGACCUGAUUGGGCCGGCCCUGCCGCCCGGUUUCAAGGCCCGCGGGACAUCGGAGGACGAGGAGCGGGACCCGAGCCCCGUUGCAGGACCAGCUCUGCCCCCUAAUUAUAAAAGCAGUAGUUCAGAUUCAUCAGACAGCGAUGAGGACAGUAGUUCUUUGUACGAAGAAGGAAAUCAAGAAUCUGAAGAAGAUGACACUGGUCCAACUGCAAGAAAACAAAGGAGAAAUGAGGCUGAGGAUGAUGAUGAUGACGAUGAUGAUGAUGACGCAUUUUUUGGACCAGCCCUUCCUCCUGGAUUUAAAAAGCAGGAUGAUUCUCCUCCAAGGCCUAUAAUAGGUCCUGCAUUGCCACCAGGUUUCAUUAAGUCUACACAGAAAAGUGGCAAGGGGAGAGGUGAUCCAGAACAAGUCCCGUCAUGUCUCAACUCUAAGGAAACAGAUAGCAGCGAAGAUGAGGACAUUGUUGGACCAAUGCCUGCAAAAGAACCAGUUAACUAUAGUGUAACAACAGAGUUUGAAAAAAGGGCUCAGAGAAUGAAAGAAAAACUGACUAAAGGAGAUGAUGAUUCAUCUAAACCAAUUAUAAGGGAGUCAUGGAUGACAGAACUUCCUCCAGAAAUGAAAGAUUUUGGUUUGGGGCCAAGGACUUUUAAGAGAAGAGCUGAUGACAGAUCCGGAGACCGAUCCAUCUGGACAGAUACUCCAGCUGACAGGGAGCGGAAAACCAAGGAAACACAAGAAGCAAGGAAGUCAUUCAGUAAGAAGGAUGAAGAGUAUAUAUUGUCAGGAAGAGAUAAGAGGUUGGCCGAGCAGGUGUCCUCAUAUAAUGAAUCAAAAAGAUCAGAGUCUCUUAUGGACAUUCAUCAUAAAAAAUUAAAGAGCAAGGCUGCUGAAGAGAAAAACAAGCCACAAGAGAGACUACCAUUUGACCGGGAUAGGGAUCUCAAGGUUAAUCGGUUUGAUGAAGCUCAGAAAAAAGCUCUAAUAAAGAAAUCUAGAGAACUGAACACCAGAUUUUCUCAUGGCAAAGGCAGUAUGUUUUUAUAAGGGGAUUUCCCUGUGCAUUGAAGAAAAGUUGAAGAAUACUGUUUUCCCUGUCCACCUUUAUUUCUUUGUUUUGGGGUUCAUAAGAUUAGUGAUGACUUUAAACUUAAAAGUCAUACAAAUUUACCUUGUUCUUUGUGUUCUUUUCGGUCAUGUGGAAUCAUAAACUUAAUGUUCCUUACAUAGAAUAGAAUAUUUUGCGUGCCUUUGGCUUCUGAGGAAAUACGGGCUUUUCUUCAAAUAAUUAUUUUGAGGGUUCUCCCCCCCACCUCCUCAAUGUUUGUAGCAUCUCAAAUACCCUCUAGAAUCUGGUCAGGACUCUCCGCUGAAUCUCUGCCACAGUCUGGAUCUCCUCAUCCAUGGUACCUAAUCUUCCCUGGCAAGGGUAUGUCACAUCCUUGCAGUAAAUUUGUGAGUGUGAAACCAGUUUUUCCUUCCAAACUGCGGUCAGUGAAUACAAAUUUACUUGAAAAGAGAGAUAUGGGGUUUGUUCUGUUUUGUUAUCGAUUUGCUUGUUUUAGCACUUAGGGCUUUUUAUUUGUUGCUUGUUUUUGUUUGUUUGUUUGUUUUGAAGUCAGAAAGAUCUGGGUCAUCUCAUGUGCUAAGGAAAAGCUGUCUUGAUUUUCCUAACCCGUAAGUGUUUCUAGGGAAGGCAGUCCGAGGGACAAGAUGUGCCAUUAUAUGUCAGUAGUGUGAAGUGUGUGAGCCUUGGGGUCCAUGAUCACCGCCAAAGCUUUCUGAGUCCUGAACUUUGCUUUGGGAUGAUCUUAUUUUACCCAUUUCUAUACUGUAUUUAACAGUUUAUAGCUAAUUUACUGGGGUCAGAUCUUUUAUAUCAAUCCAGAAUAGCCUUUUUUUAAAAAAAAUAAGUUAAUAAUCCCUGAAUACAGAAAUGAAAUGGAAAAUCUGUAAUCAUAACUAUGCUAGUUGGGAUUAUUGUACAUUUGUAAUGCUUUAAGCACUGCCUCUUGCGAUGUUAAACAGAAACUUCUAUUUAAACUAUUGUUAAAUAAAGCCUAAAUGCAAACUCUGUAAA